GCACAAAUCCUGCUCCGUUGUCGUUCGCUCGCGAUUGUCCCUGGCCUCGUUCUCCGCCACCGACCAACCCCCAACGAACAUCGAAGAAGACACGCAGUGCCAUCUCCGGCGAGGCCUCGAGCGCUUUCGUGCCCGCACACGGUCACAAGAGCAUACCUCUGCCGCCACAGUGCUUGGCAUUGUAACAGUUGUAGGAUUAUGACUACCAAUGCCAUAGCAAAACCGCUUCUUACAUCAUUCGGUGUAUGUGGUGAAGUUGGUUUUCUUUCAAGAACUUGGGUUUGGACUGAGCUUGCAUAUAAACUCCAGAACUAUGCUAGUCCCUUCCUGGCCUUUGGUAUUUUAACAAGGAUGCUUUCCAUGAAGUUAAUCGUAAUUUGGCCAUAUGUGCUGUGUGGGAACUUGAUCGAAUUGAGGAUUCGGGAUGGUUACCUCUGAGAUCAACUUGAUGUACUAAGACCUGCUUGUUCUGUUGACGGAAAACAAUUAGGAUUAAAAUUGUGGCACAUUAUAACUAAUACAGAAGAUAAUAAGAAAAAUCCAGUAUUGAAGUGGGCAGGACAUGGAUGUACAUAGGUAAAUAUGUGCAUAGUGGAAAAGCAUGGUGAUCUUGAGGUGGAUUUUGAACCAAUGCUGGAUCUGCUCGGUGCUAGUUGGCCUGUUAAGGUGGCGGUGAAAUAUUCUACGCUGCAUCAGUUCUUUGUUAGUUUCUUCGGUCCUAAGGUGGAGCUCAUUGAAUAGACUUCCCUUUGUGCAUUUUUGGAUCGGUUCUCUUGUUGUAACUAUUCUGUAGAUGGUUUCACGGCCCCUGCCAUCAGUGCUCUUUAACAAUGCUCUCUUAUUUAUCUUGAAUGAGAGAAGGAACAGGAAGAGAAAGAAAAGCAAAGGGUACUCGAGGGCUGGAGUGAUCAUAGAUCAUUGUGAAACCCAUAAUUGGUGUUGAACUUGAUCAUGCUGUAAUUCUGGUGGCCUGUUUUGCUCUUAUUAUGACCUUGAAGGAAAAUUCGGUUCUCCGCAUGUUUCGUUUUCUCUAUGGUUGGGUAAAUCUUACCACUUGAAUUAUUUUUUAAACUCAUGUCCGCAUGAUUGGUUGGUCUACAUUUAUUUUGAGAUGAGUGACAAUUCAAUGAUUGAAGUGUAGUAUUUUAAUCUACUUGCUUCAUAGUCUUUAAUCCAGGAUUGGAGCUCCGUCUACAGCAUUAUGGGCUCGGUCAACGGGUUAACAAGUUUGCGAGGAAAGAAACCCCUCUUCUCUUUUGGGGUCAUUUCCGAUGUCCAAUAUGCUGAUAUUCCUGACGGUCGUUCAUUCCUUGGUGUUCCGCGAUACUAUCGGCAUAGCAUUGCCGUAUUGCAGAGGGCCGUUAAGCAAUGGAACCAUCACGGGAAUCUCAAAUUCGCAGUUAAUCUUGGGGAUAUUGUUGACGGGUUCUGCCCCAAGGAUCAUUCUCUUGAUACUGUCUUGAGAGUUGCGAAUGAAUUCGAGAAAUUUAAUGGUCCCAUCUAUCACAUGAUUGGCAACCAUUGCCUUUACAAUCUGCCCCGCAGCAAAUUACUUCCGUUGUUGAAGAUUCCGAGCAUUGAUGGUUGCGCUUACUACGAUUUUUCUCCAACAUCAGAAUACAGAUUUGUUUUGCUGGAUGGGUAUGAUAUAAGUGCCAUUGGUUGGCCUCAAAAUCAUCCCAAGACACAGCAGGCCUUGAAAUUUCUUCAGGACAAGAAUCCAAAUUCGGACAAGAAUAGUCCGGUUGGGCUAGUGGGGAUUGAGAGACGGUUCCUCAUGUUUAAUGGAGCCAUUGGGGAAGAACAGCUUCGCUGGUUGGAUAGUGUUCUUCGUGAUGCUACAAAUUUGAAACAGAAGGUAGUGGUGUGUUGUCACUUGCCUUUAGAUCCUGGUGCAUCAACUGAAAUGGCACUCCUGUGGAAUUUCGAUGAAGUAAUGGACGUGAUCCAUAAGUACGACUGCGUGAAGGUCUGCCUUGCUGGGCACGAUCAUAAAGGUGGCCACUCGAUUGAUUCGCACGGAGUGCAUCACCAAGUGUUUGAAGCUGCAUUGGAGUGCCCUCCCGGUACAGAUGCUUAUGGGUACGUCGAUGUAUAUGAUGACAGGUUAUCGCUUUUUGGUACCGGUCGAAUAGAGAGCUGUGAUAUGCAAUUUUAACCUUUGAGCUCAUGUAAACACAUCAGAGUGUAUAGAAUUUGCAUUAUUUCUGCCAUCAUUGUAGAGAA